GCAAGCUACUGAUAAGAGCGUUGCUGAUCUCUUCAUAAGAUCACCGUCCAGCAAACUAAAUAAUUUAGCUCCAUCCACGCGGCGUUGUGAACGAGUCAGUGUGUGGCCGAGCGUUCCACCAGUCGUGUGUCUGUUCCCUGGCUACCCGGUCCUGAGAAAUAAAGAUUGCGUCUGUCGUGAGAUUGACCAGCGAAAAUAAAAAUUAUUGUGCGCAAGUCUAAGCUUCUGCCAGCAUUGUAAACAUCAUGAAAAUUUUUGUACUAAAAGUUUCGCUUGUAGGAUAGUUUUUCUUUGGUAUAGUUACGAAAAGCCUCUUAAUUGCUGAGACACUAUACAACUAGAUAAAAUCAUCCGUCAGAUUUUUUAAACAUUUCAAAAUAAGGUUUAUUGUUAAUAAAAAAUGAUAAUAGCAGUUUACGUGUUCAUUGAUUGUCAAUAAGAAAAAAGAACUAUUCUCUGACGGGCUUGGUGCAAUUAUUACUGUUAAAACGAAGCCUUGUGACUGUUGGUUGUGAACGUGCGAUUACGUCGACAAUGCAAGACAUGUGUCUGAUUCCAUAGACGACGCUUGAAUGAAUGAUCCGAGUCUCCUUCAAAUAACUGAUGAUUUGGCUCAUUUACGGCGCAAGUUUCUUCUCAUUACCUUGACUUUGGUUUUAAUUUAUACGAAUGGAAAAAAUCCCAGAAUUUGGCAGUGUGUUAAGAUUUGAGGCAGAGAGUUUUUAGAGGCAUAAUUAUGAGACCCCAAGAAAGCCGGGGUUUGAGACGAUGCAGUGACCGCCUCCCAUGGUUCUUCAGAGAACGAGAUCUGGGGCGUUUGGGUGCCGGAGGAAGAUAUUAGUGACGUUUAGGUUGUUGGUUAUUGUUGUCCUAGCGACAAUGUGCGACCGAGGUGGCUGUGCGAUGAAAACAGGCUCAGAUCAGUAUGGAACAUUAGAGAAGUCGACCCAAGUCAUUUCUACAUCUUUGACGAAGCAUGACUGGCAACGGAGACAGUAUGUCAACAAGGGGCAUCUAGCUUCGCAGUCCACGUUUCCGCAAACAAGACAUAGCUUUCAUACUGGAUCAAAUUCAGGAAGUCACCUGAACGUCACAGAUUCACAUCCGUUAUCAGAUGAAUCUAUACUAGACCCCACAAACACACGAACUGAGAGCUUACUUCAAAGCACAACUUCGGGGUUACGAUUGACGAACAUUUCAAGAUCGUGGUCGCACCCUCAGGAUAAAGUACCUCGAGUUAUGAUGGAACUCUACGACAUGAACUUCAGGACCGGAGGUUCUUCUGCUCCGUAUGAGGCUGACACUGUCAGAUGCUUCCCUGCCGUCUCUGUCCAGAAUGAGUCCAGCGCAGCGGUCGAGUCUGACAGCAGAGGUUACGAAGGCAGACCGGCAAUGGAGGGACAUCGUCACACCAGCAGCACCUUCGUCUUCAAGAUCAUGCUGCCGAAGGGGGAGCACGUCAGGCGGCUCAUGCUUCGUCUUCACGUUCUUGUGCGAAACAAAAAAUCGCCUGCAGGUUUGGAGCGACGACUUCGAGUGUCCUUCGUAAAAUGCGUUCCUGAAGGACAGAGGCAGACAGGAUGCCGCCGAGUGGUGGUAGCAUGGAAGGAUACGUAUCUCCACAACCACUCAUGGCUGUCCUUCAAUAUUGCCAGAGCUUUGAAGGAACUCCGAAAUCAGAACCCAGCCACACUGCAGGUGGAUGUAGAGAACAUUUUUACGACGGUGGGCAACACGGGCGAGCUUUUGGUAGACUCUUCAUUCCAGGACGUCGACCUACAGCCGAUGCUUCUUCUGUACACGUCCAAGCCGGGGGCACGGCGGCGACGUGAGAAGAGAAGCAUGACAGACGCUGAAUGGGAAGCGUUCGAAGAGGAUCUGGAGGCAGCAGACGACGAUCCGCCUGAGAUCCAAGAUCGCAACGGUCGCCGGGCGAGUAGACGAAGGAGAGCCAAAAACUCCUGCAAGAGGAAGCCUUUCAGAGUGGACUUCGCUAGCAUAGGCUGGAGUGACUGGGUCAUCGCCCCUACUGAGUAUGAGGCGUUUCAGUGCAGCGGGAAAUGCUUCUACCCGCUGGCGUCGCACCUAAGUCCUACAAAGCACGCAGUCAUCCAAACGCUUAUGCACUCCAAGAGCACCGAGCGUGCGAGGCGGGCCUGCUGCGUACCUACCACACUCGGGCCAAUCUCGCUAUUAUACAAGGAAGACGGGAUCAUCACUUUCAAGAAGGAAUAUGACGGCAUGGUCGCACUCGAGUGUGGAUGCAGAUAGCACGUUAUAAAUCCCUUAGUACUUCGCUAAUAUUAGUACACUGAGGUGAAUUUGUAUUCCUGUGUUCGAUAUAUUACCAAUUAUUUAAGGCCGUGGUAAUCGCCUUGAAAAUGAAGAAUACAAAGGUAUGGUCACUCCCGAGUUUGUACCCACUGGCACUAGGCAUUUGUCGUUCAUGUGGGUGCAGAUAGCGCGUAAUAAUCCCUUUAGUUCUCUGAUAGUAGGUAUUAGUGCGGUGAGAUGAAUGGAAGUCGUGUGGUAAAUAAUGGAAGUGCGUAACUAUCACCUUGACAAAUUAAUACGACGGAAUAUUGUCUAACUAAAAACUCUAUGAUGUGUCAUUCAUUUUUUAGGUCUGUGUUCACUGUAGACAUAGGAGCCUUCGAGUGAAUCAAAGUUCAAUUGCU